UGAACGGCCAUAAAUUACCGAAAUGGUUCAAAAGAACACAACUCCUGUACAUGUGGACGCAUAUGACAGCAAACGGAUGACAUUCUCUGAAAGACUAGUCAACCAAGUUGAUCCUGCUGCAGCCUCCAACAUUAAGAAUGAAAGCAUCUCAUGGUGGAACCGAUUCUUGGGCUGUCAAAAGACAAAAGAAAACCAAAGUCCAAAAAAUGAAAACCAGAGUUGUAACUGCUCGGAAAGCAAAGGGGCAGUAGGGAAACGACACAAAUUUAAGAAGUUACGGUGGUGGGUGUGGUGCAGGUGGAGACCUCAACAGCAGAGCUGCAACUCCUCUCACCAGGACACAGUGAAUGUUUGUGAAAGCCUCCCAAAGCAAAAGCAAAGAAUGCACGUGUCUUUUAAGGAAUACAACAAAACCACAAGACACACGGACCUGGGUGUUAGAAAGGCAGAUUGGGGCCCAAAACAGAAUCCAGCCAUUGUCCAAAACCUCACCGGUGAAAAAGAGCACCAUCUUGGGAAUGUCGUCCGAGAUGAUCUCGCUCAUGUUAACAAUCGGAAAUCACGGUGGUGGCAGUGGCACAAGAGAUGUCAAGUGGCACCAAAUCCAAAUGAGCAGUGCCAUCGAAAGCAGAGCCGCGCCUCUUCUCACUACGACAAGCCGGUGGUGUUGGGGGGCCUUGGGGAGAGAAAGAAAAACUAUAAUCAAACCAUAGAGGCCAGAUCCAUCGCGUCAACUCUCCCAUUUCAGCAUUUCAAAUAUCUUGGGCUUCCCAACCCAGCACAGAUCUGCUACAUGAAUGCCAGCCUGCAGAGCCUUCUGACUCUGGAGGAUUUUGUUGAGGGCAUCAACUCUCAGAGGUCAGUCUGGAGUUCAAGUCCUGAGGCUACACUAAUAAGAUCAUUUAUGAAGAUUAGUGAAUGUCACAGUUCGAGUAACAUCCAACAUAAAAUCGGCUGCCUUUAUUCGUUCAAGGAUACUGUCUCUGUUUUGGCCCCAGAGUUUGAGGAUCUCCGCCAGAAAGAUGCCCAUGAGUUCCUGACUUCUGUACUUGAUCAAAUAAGAAAUCUGAAGCCAGCACAGCAAAAGAUGGCCGCCACGAUAGGAAAAGCCUACAAAUGUCCUGUGGAGGAGCACUUUGUUUUCAAGAUGCAGAACAUUAGGGUGUGCUUGAGAGUGCUGGUGUUGCACCUGAAGCGAUUUGUGUUUUUUUCAGUGUUUGGGUCAAUGAAGGUCCGUCGGCCCAUUUGCCUUUCUAAGGACAUGAUGCUCCCAUCAAAACAGGGUGGGGCUUGCUACAGUUUGGUGAGCAUCAUCAAUCAUAACGGCUUGACAACUAGCAAUGGACAUUAUAUCAGCGAUGGAGUGGAUCCGGCUGUGAAAAAGGAGGACCCAACUGAUCGCUGGUUUACCUACAAUGACCUGGAUGUCCAAGAAACAAGUUGUGCCUCUGUGUGCGACAAGCGUCAAACCACAGCCUAUGUCCUGUUUUACAGAAGGCAUGACUAG